AUGCGAGGACUUAUUCUAGGAGUAGUGACGGUGCUGCGGGCUGUGGCCCGCGGCGGCGUUGAGGCCGAGAAUGCAGCCGCAGAAGAGCUUGGACUAUUGAAAAUCAGAGAUCCUUCUAUCGAGACCACUGACCCACGAGUGAGUUCGGAUGCCUACUAA